AGUCUCCAUUUGUUCGUUUUCUCCGAAAAAGCUUUCAGCGAGGGAUCCAUUGGUGAAUUUUUAUAUGUUAACUUCAUGAUCAAUGAAUUUUCCCGCCUGAACAUCACCAGUAUUGGACGGAAUCGUGUUCAAGAAGAGGACGAUUGUGCCUUCGCCUGUCUAAAAAUUCCCACAUGUUUCUCCUACAACAUGGCUACCUCUCCUGACGACAACGGAAAACUUCUCUGUGAACUACUCGCAUCGGACAAGUAUAACAACUCAGAGAAAUUCAACACCAGCAAGGAAUUUCAUCACUUUCAUAUUCCGGUGAGUGAGACUCCGUUUAACUUGAAUUAAAAUAGAAACAGUCUUUUUUUAAGUUCCUCUCAUAGGAACUCACUAACCCUAACCUUUUACUAAAUUAUAUGAAAAACCUGACUUUAUAAGGGUAACACAAUUACUAGUAAACGAGUAGUUUUUAGUGUGGUCCACAACGGUUAAGGAUCCCAACUGACCGGAGAUAAACCAGUUGGCUUUUUUAAUCCUCGUAACAGUAGAUCUUAGAAAAGUUUAUCCCCUUUCUGUCCUAGCCCCAUUCAUGGCCGACCACUCAGUAUUAUAAAAUUUCACUGCGGCUUUAGUUUAGUGUCUCUGGACCAUUUUCCUAUGGGUCUUUUAAAUAACGUACAUUUCUGCUAAGAAAAACUGUGAAAGGCAAAAAGACUUAUAGUGCUGUAUGUAAUACCUGCGACAUGCUUUUUCAGUGUGCGCCCCUAAACUGUGGAACUCACAAACCAUUAGAUUUGCUCAAGUCGCCAUCUUUAACAAGAAUUGAUUAAGAAACUGAAAACAUACAUCUUUCAAGUUUGCGGAAUUUUUAGAGACUGGGUAAAUGUUUUUGUAAAACGAUUUUAAUGCCUGUAAUGCAUCAUAUAUCGAACCACUGUAUUUCUAGCCAUAAAGUUUUAUUUCAAAAUAUUUCCAAAACCCUUUCAUAGAUUUUGCUCACACUUCACGAACAUCGAGGCAGUUAUAUUCGAGGAGAAAGCUCUUGUGAACAAUUUUGGAAAAAAAAGUCCCCAGUGCCGAGAAUUACGGCUGCAAGUAUAAUAGCUAAUGAUGUCAUUUCGUUGCUAUGACAACUCCGAAGUCAUAGAAACCCUGAUCUUAACAAAUUUAUCUAAUACAGCUGUGCUGAUAAUUUUUCCAAAUCUUUGUUAAUAACAACGUAGUCUAUACUCAAAGUUGGGAGGUAUUGACCUUGAAAAACCCUAUCGAGCCAACUUAAGCUUGAACGAACAUAAGCCAAAUUAAUAACACCUGUCUCGAUAAGGUUGUCCAAGGUGUCAUGCAGAUGCGGAAUUAACAUGAUGGCUCCAACAAACAGUAAGCCGUAACAAAUAAAAUGUACUGUACUGCGUACUGGAUGUAAAAAGAUUUAUGGUCUAAGAAAACUGUGCAUGUGAAUGUGAGGAAAGGGAGUAUAGUUUGCAUAUAUUUUUUUCACUCAGAAUAUCUGCGACACCCAUCCUUGUCUUAACAACGGAAAGUGCUAUUUUAAAUACACCGACAAAAGGUACGGAUGUGUUUGCGCAUCUGGCUACACUGGAGAAAACUGCGAGAANCUGUACUGCGUACUGGAUGUAAAAAGAUUUAUGGUCUAAGAAAACUGUGCAUGUGAAUGUGAGGAAAGGGAGUAUAGUUUGCAUAUAUUUUUUUCACUCAGAAUAUCUGCGACACCCAUCCUUGUCUUAACAACGGAAAGUGCUAUUUUAAAUACACCGACAAAAGGUACGGAUGUGUUUGCGCAUCUGGCUACACUGGAGAAAACUGCGAGAAAGGUAAAUGUGAGCCGUAUUAAUACUAAUUUGAAUAAUUCGAUAGACUUGCUUACUACUGGAGCAGAAGAACGAUGAUAAUGCUGUAAGAGACAGACCGGCUGAGAUGUUAAUCAGGAAAAACUGUUAGCUUUAGUGUUAGAUUUGAUAUCCGACAUUUUUACAUACUGUUUUUUUCUUUACGAAAAAUCCGCCAAAACCCCGUAUAGGUUGUUUAGACCCUGUUAAGAACAGAGGGCAAAAACCAUACUUUGUUGGCGGCACGUCCCCGUACUGAGGCCAAAUUAAGAACUACCUCCUUUCCCUGGAUAUUAUUCAGUCCGGGAGAUAUCCAUUUCUGGAUACAGGUAUCGUGCGUUGUGAUUGGUUGAGAUCAAAACUAAAACAAAGUAAAUUUGGCCGAGAGCUACUGUAGAAGUGAAUUUUGAUUGCGGCCACUUGUAAUGCGGCUAUCGGCCGAAACAAAAUUAAGUAAUACGAAAUCACUGCACGGAAAGAUAGCAUAAAUAAAAUAACUUAUUCAGCAUUUACUCUUGCACUCUGGAAGAGUGGAGCGAAUUCUUUCUAGUACAAAUUCAUCAUAUAAGCGUCGUGAUCCUCGAACCGAAGCCAAAGAAAAUGCUUAAUCAAACUGCAUCACAUCAGAGAUAAAUGCUGUAAGGAAGAAAAAUGACAGGAAAUAAUUAAUCAAUAUGCCUGAAAUAGGUCAGCUUCAUGACCUCUCAACGUGAGACUAGAGGAGACCAGCCGCAAAAAUAAAAUUUGCUCUACAACAUAAUCUACCUGCUAGAAAGAAAAUAAUCGAACAAGCGACAUUUUACAUCAUGAGGUAAAAAGUCUUUUAGGCCUACAGACCCCUUUUUAUACCGUUUAAAUUCGAAUAUGUAGAUCGCUACCCGUGAGAAUUCAACAUCCUACAAGAACGCGUGACAAAGCAGAGCAGGAAAUCAUCACAUUCACGGACACAACAAUUACAAAGAGGAGGGGAAAUGAACUCUAAACACAGGUAACCCAGGCUCACUGUUUGUGUCACGGGUUUCAUGGCGUGAGUAAAUACAGAGAACAUAUGGGGCGAAGUUUAGGUCUGGAAAUUUCCUAGAAAAUGGACACAAAAAUCGAUGAAACUUUCCAUGAGGCGAGUUGUUGUUGUCCUUAAUAUGCACACAAAGUUUCGAGAAAAAUAGUCGGCUUCAUCAUCUCCCCUACCAGGAGCAGUAGAGUGGCUAUAUACCAGGGGCAUCCAAAGAGAAUAUAGUUCAAAACCACUUAAACAUAGCAUUGUUAAACGUAUUUUAGUAUUUAAACGGUAGAUAUAGGCAUAUUUUUAUCCCCUAAAAAUUUUUCAUCUCUUCGGAUUUCCUAGCUGAGAGUCUAGUGAUCCGAAAAUUAUAGGGAUCAGAACUUACCUUUUCGAAAAUUUCUGCCACAAAAAAGGCUCCCGAAAAUUCUAGAUGACCUUUUUAGGGUAAAAAACCGUUAAAAAUGGGAAAUUAUACCAUUUUUUAGAUGUUCGAAAAUCCUAGGAAAGGCAGGCAAGCAAGAAAUUUAAUAACAAAUGUUCCAAAGAUUCUAGGUCUCAAAUCGUCUUCCGAACAGAAAAUUCGAAAAUUGACGUGGGGUGCCCCUGAUAUACUAUAUACUAUACUAUGUAGGAGAGAUGAAGCCGAGCAUUUUUCUCGAAACUCAAAUCAAACUGUGAAAAAUCAUUUUCUUACAGAUAUCGAUGAAUGUGACGAUGGAGUCCAUGACUGCCUUCCUAGUCUGGCUUCCUGUGUAAAUACAUUGGGUUCGUUUAAUUGUUCUUGUAACCAUGGAUACAUAGGAGAUGGAAAGACAACCUGCGCAGAUGCAGCAGGUAAAAUCAGCUUUAAAAGGUUUUUUAGUACGUAUCAUUAAGGCAGUUACAGUAAUAUUUUAUACAAUAGCAAAAGUAAUUAAUCAACCAUAUACUUCAAAUUUUUACUCGAUAUAAAGGUAGUUAGUAGAGGAGAUAUGACCGCGUUAUAUGUACACGGGUGGCGCAAGCGUUACAGGUGAAAGUUAUCAGCAUAAAUAUUGUUAUUUGGUGUUGUUGUGUUUUAUUCUACGAAGUUCCAGCGCGAUUGGAUCAGUAUAACAUCAUCUGACCUGAUUGUGUUUUAGUUAUACUGCGGGAUGUCAUACAAUUAAAUCGCGCUAAAACUUCGGAGAAAGAACCACAACAACACCAUACUUUAUUUAUCACGUUUACCCGUUUUAGUUCAUUUAUUCGAAGUAAGGUUUAUUUUUAGGUAUAUUACGUUUUGAUCAUUUGGGUAUGAACAUGCUCCCAAUUGCGUUUACAAGAACGAUCGUGACGAAGUAAUACUUAAUGUAUCUGACCACUUACGAAUAAUGUUUUAAUACCUGUUUGGAAUUUAUUUGCGACUUGAUAGCUACUGUUUCAGAAUAACAGAUUUGCACAUAACAAUAUGGCAAAAUGUGGAUCCAUAAAUUUCUAUUUGUUAUUGGUUGUGGAUUUGGUUCCUAUCUUUGAUAUGAAGGCUCUCGUCGAUGACUCGGAUGUCUAGGUGCAAUUACUUUAUCUCUGAUUCAGUUUGAGACAGUUGUCUCUUAGUACGUAUUUUCCACGUUGUUCAAGUAUGAAUAUAAAACACUAUUGUGAUAACUUACUAUUCAGAUUUAUCGUUAUCAUUGUCAGAAAACGGGAAAGGGUUGUCUCAAUGUUAUAUCACAUAUUGGGACUUUGGGUAAUCGGCUCCUGUCAUUGUUCAUUAACAUACUUACAACAUGUAAAAUGUAGGGCUGUUGAACCUUGAUAUGGGGGUCUCAAUGGGGUGGAGAUAUUUACGGUGAACGGUUAAUAUUUCGGCUUUGUUGUGCCUAACGGUUAAUAAUUUUUUUCCGUUUAACAGACAUCUGAAGAAAAAAACAGUUUUUUUUAAAAAAAUUAAAAAGUUUCUACCAUGGUAAGCCUCUAAGGACUCUCCAGAAUGGGAGUAAAAAAGGCUGAAAUACUGGGUCCAUCAGCCACGAAAAAAGACCAAGACAAGGCACAAAAUAUUAUAUGGCUGAAUCCGCAAACGGGAAAGAUGAAGCGCAUUCUGUGUUCUGAUUGGCUACCCGAGCGGGCAAGAUGAGCCCAACGUGCCUAUUCGGGAUUUCCCGCGUUCGUUCCGCAAGAACAAUUCUCUUAUUGACCAAGCUCGUUCGGUCAAGAUGGCUGGAUAUUGGUCUCGUUCACUUUUGCGUUGUUAUUGACCUCGAAUUCGUCUUGGUUCACAAAAACGCAAAAAAGAAAUUGGUCAAUGACGCAUAUACAUUGACAAUCCCUGCAUGGCAAAUUGUGCUUAGAAAAAUAUAUAUGGCUAACUUUUAUUACGACUACAGGUUUCUAAUCACUAAAUUUAUUAUUCUUUUUAGAAUGUUCAGGGACCAUGGCAUAAAUUAUUAUUAUCAUUAUUAUUAUUAUUAUUAAUUAUCACGAUUAUAAUUAUUUAUUAUUUCAGGCUCUCGACUUGUUACUCUCGACUCUCGACAUUUACUCAGACUCGGCGAGGGAAAAACCUUCAUUUCUCAGUUAUUUUUAGACACCGAGUUAUGGUCCGGCCCCAGGAAUCGAACCCACGACCUUUCUCUCUGCAAUCGGCGCACUACCGACUGAGCUAAUUACGUUGCGGUUAAAGACAAGAGCGAAGUUAUGACGAUAGUGCAAAGGAUUCACGGCUAUUCAUGGACUUCUUGAGGUCUUAUCCUGUAGUCGAUAGCGUAUACGUAAUGAUAGUUUUACUUUUAUCCGUAGGUUGUUCUAACAGUUGGUCCCAGAGUGAAUGCGAUCGAUUGAGUGGCUUUUGCCUCCCUGGAUAUGUGUUGACAGCCUCGGUGCGAGAGAAUUGUAAACUCAAAUGCAGCCUUUGCGGCUGAGAAAUGCGUUAAUGGUAAGCCUGCGAGCGUUAAUGAGUGAAUGGUUGGAUGAAUGAACCAACGAAUGAAUGACUGAAAGAAUGAAUGAAUGAAGGAAGGAAGGAAGGAAGGAAGGAAGGAAGGAAGGAAGGAAGGAAGGAAGGAAGGAAGGAAGGAAGGAAGGAAUGAGUUGGUGAAAUUCUUAAUUAAUUUAGGCUUAAAAAUUUCGAUAAUUGUUCUCAAAUUGACCGUGUGUAAGGUUAACUUGACAUGCAGUGUCGUAUUAGUAAAUAAUUUUCAAGUGUUAACCGUGAUUCUUGAAUGUCAUAUUAUCUUUGUUUGUACAGAUUGACACAGCCAACCAGGAAUUUAUGGUGUCACCGACAACGGAUUUAAUGAACUAUGGCUUAUUCAAGUGUAUUAAUUCUAUUAGUAUGAUGAGCUAAUAAAAUUCGCGGCAUGAAAUUGCAAUACUCUUGAAAUGUGUCGAUGUCAUUCUUGUGCCAGCCUCAGAGUUGACCAAGUCACUCGCCAACGCACAAAUCCAUUCAAUGCUUUAUUGCCUAAGAUCUUUCAUUCAAAAUAUUGUGCUAUUUCGUCUGAUUGGCUGAAACUGAAUCCUCCGGCUUAUUCUUUAUAACCAGCCGGUGUUGACCAAAGUUGCGUUCCUUUGGGAUGAUCCAUAUCAGGAUCAGUGAUCUAAUAUCACUCGGCCAGAUCAUGGAAAAUCAAGUGAACCGAUGGCUCCUUUCCCAGAGUGGAUUAGUCGGUUCCUUUGAUGCGUCAUGAUCCGCGUGAUCUCGGAUCAUUGAUCCUGACCCGGAUGAUCCCAUUGGAAUGUACCCCAAAUUUGGAAGAAGAGAGCAAUAUACCGUCGCUCCGAUUGUAUAUUGCCCAAGCAACCUCGUCUCCAGACAAAUAUCCCAUCAAUGAACCAAGUUCCCGACUGAGUUAAAAAAUAGCUUUUACGGCUAUUCAGGGACCAUUAAUGACUAAAUUUCUGACCAAAGCUGAAUCGGAGAAAUGCGGCAAUACCCAAAAUAUGUUGCUCGAUGGAUGUUGUCUACUUUUUGAAGAGUAUCUGAAACAAAAAAACGUCUGCAUGAUCCUGAAACCGUAUCGACAAAUAGGCCAAUGUUAAGAAGAAAGUCUACGAGGGGGCAGCCUUGUUGAGAACUUAAAAACAUUUUGAAGAAUAAUAAAACAAUUAUUGAAUUCGGUAUUCGUAUGAUAUGACGAAUACAUACAAAGAGGCUGUUAUCCACCUCCGCCUUCAGCCUUGGAGGAAAAAUACCCUAGCUAUACUUAAUUCUGUCCAGUGAAAAUCAUGUCAUGUCAUCCCUAAGCUAUGUUCCUGCGAAGCUGAACAAAUGAAUGCAGGAAAAUUGAAACCGUGUUUGGGAGUGCCUUAAUGGAGUUUUUAGAAUAUUUUUAUUGAUGCAUUUACUCCAGAAAAAAUACAGGUAAAUUGCUUCGUUCCAUGUUUGGGCUUUAAAUUAUGCAAAUAUGUUUAAUUUUCAUUUGUUUCGGAGCUUAGCAUCAGCUAAGAAAGAUGUAUUAUACUCACUUCUUCGCCAAUCUUUCUUUAAAAGAGCUAACAGCUUAACUUUUCUAUAUACUGUAUUAUCAUAUGUCUAAAAUGAGUGAUUUGCCCGCGAGCCUCUGCUGGACUACCGACUGAGUAUUCACAGUGGUUCCAUAUUAUCUAUAAAAAAAGUAAGUUAUAUACUCCACAAGAUAUCUCCCGUUAAAGGCCGGUUGGGUCAAUUCAAAGUACUUGUACAGAACUGAUGAUCAUUAGUAUCGGAAAGUGCAUUAGAGAUGAUCGAAUUAAGUUAGAUUACCUAAUCCGACAUGAGUAUACAAGGCAUUACCACCAACGUGAUAUUAUAACGGGAAAUAAAGGGAAUUUAUAUAUUUCAUGCAAAUCUUAUAGCGAUACUCUACAAAUUAGUUGAAUCCUUAUCACUCGCCACUUUUUUAUCAAUCAUUGAGCCGGUACGGCUCUCAGUCUAGCUGUCAACCUCGUUCGAUGCAUUUUUACAAAUGUACCUAUUGUUUAACCUAAGAAUCCGAUAACAAUAAAAAAAAUAUAGACGAACUCAAACAAACGAUGGCUAUAUAAAUGAUGACGACUGAAUGAAACGUUUAGAGUAAAGAGAGAGGCCCCUACCUUAAGAUUUUCAGUCAAAUGGGAAACAUGCCCUCUCAAAAGCUGCUUACGUAUUUUCUUAUCGCUCUUUUGUAUUUUCCGUUUAGUCCACGAACCGAUGCAAAGGUACUGGAAGAUUUACGCAGAAGGUAACUGCGCUCUUGAAUAUCUUUUUAUGAGUGUGUAAAUCAUAAGCCUUCAGAUUCAAAAACCCAGACCUCCUGACAGAUUUACUUUUCUACUGAACGCUGUCAAGGUGUUAAAAACAGUGUCCUCUACUGUACAUUAUAUUUCAUGCAAGAGAGGAUAAAGGGGACAGAGAAGGCAUCAUACCCCAUACACACCCUUUUCCAUAGGUAAUUCGGCUCGAGUUAUUUUUAGAAUCGGGAUAAAGUUACCUCGCGCGCUGCGUGGAGGUUUCGCAUGACACCGCUUUAGUAGAAAUCUCUCUUUAGUCGUUUUCGUCGACAAAACGAAUAGCAAUAUCACUCUCCGUGUCUUCAGUCAUUUUUUUCAGCGUCAAUUCGUGAAGGACGCGUGGCUCUGAGCGUGGGUAAUCCACGCGGAACACAUUCGCGCUAUGUGAUUGGUUGUUGUCUAAUCACCCUUGGGAUCUGUCGUCUUAAAAAUAACUCGAGACAAAUUACCUAUGGAAUAGGGUGUGUAUGGGGAUGCCUUCCCUGUCCCCUUUAUCCUCUCUUGAUUUCAUGUUAUAUUAUAUAUCUAUCGUCCUGUUCAAGGCUGUUCCAGUAAUGGGCUGACCACAUAACAUUCACUUCGAUGGUGAUAUGAUGCCAACUUUGCCCCAAAGCGGUUUUUAUUAGUCUCACUGAGUUUUUAUUAUCGGUUAAAAUUAACUCGACCUGUGAUUACUCUCCAUUUGUAUCAUAAUAUUUGUAACAAGCUCAUCGGCGGAUAUCAGAAUAUGUUCUCGAUAUUUAUAGUUACUUCUUUUUAGCCUCUCGGAUUGUAUACAACUGGAUAUCAGCAAAUUGACACUGCUUGUUGUGUACGUAUAAGUUAAGUUGCCAGCUUAAACUGCCUUUUUUUCAGACUCAGAAUCACUCAGAAUUGUUAGCUUAUGACGGUCCGCUACACGAAAAUCAUAAUUAUACUUUUUCAUACUUUCAUUUUCAGCCUCCCAGAUAACAUGCAGUGAACUAGAUAUCAGCAAAAUUAAACUGCCGUUCGUGUAUGUCGUGUAUGCGUGCGUUGUACCUGAGCUUAAACUGCCUUCUGCUUUUUCAGAAUCAGGAUGGUUAGCUUAUGAUGGUCCUCGUGACGAAAAUCAUAAAGGU